UUCUGUACAGCAUAGUUUAAAAUUAAGUUAGUAAAAUUUGAUUACAUAUUAUAUGUACAUUACAUAUUCAGAGAUUUUUUAUACAGUAAUUUGUAAAUAUUCCUCAUAUUCCAUCUAUCCAAAUGUGUUAUAUUAUUUGUAAUCUGAAAAUUGAUGAUAUUCAAAAGACUUAAAAUUCUGAAAAAGAUUUGCCAUGAACGAGGUUUGACUGUUCUGACAUGUUCGAAGCUCAAUAACACAGUUAGUACAGGCAGUAUUCCAGUGUAUGGAAAUCCUUUAAGAUUAAUGGUUUUUAUACGCCCACAUUUUUAUGUGGACGUAUAUUGUCGUCUCACCUGCCCGUCCGCCCUUCUGUCACAAUUCUUAUCCGAUUUUGACGAAACUUGAAAAUACAUGUAUAGGUUUAUCUCCAAAAGGUCUUGGUUCAUUUUGAUAUUGGCAUGUAUUGGAUCGAAACUUGAUGGAUUAUGGCCCCUGAUUGUACGAAAAAUCACGUUUUUAACUUGUGGACACUCUAGAGGUCACAAUUUUUAUCUGAUUUUGAUGAAACUUGAAAUGAAGAUCUUGGUUCCUUUCGGUAUUUGCGCAUAUCAGAUCGUAACUUGCCGAAUUAUGGCCCUUGAUUGUAUGAAAAAUCGCGAUUUUAGCUUGUGGUCCCUCUAGAGGUAACAAUUUGAAUAUAUCACCUUUACACUGUAAUGAUGGCCGAGUUCGAAUUUCGUGAAAAUUGGCCCAAAACUGCUGGACAAAAAGCCCCCCCCCCCCCCAUUGGCAAAUAAUAUACAUAUAUGGUAUAUCAAGGUUGUGGAUCCUCUAGAGGCCACAAUUUUGAUCCGAUUUUGAUGAAACUUGAAAUACAUGUUUAUAACCCAGAGAUCUUGGUUCCUUUCGAUAUUCGGAUUGUAAAUUCUUGAAUUAUGGCCUUUGAUUGUACGAAAAAUCGUGUUUUUAGCUUGUGGUCCCUCUAGAGGUCACAAUUUUUAUUUGAUUAAAAAAAACAUUUGAAUACAUCACCGUUACGCCUUUAUGAUUGCUGAGUUGAAUAUAUCACCUUUACACCGUAAUGAUGGCUGAGUUUGAAUUUCGUGAAAAUCUGACCAAAACUGCUGGACAAAAAGCCCCCCCCCCCCAUUCGCAAAUAAUAUAAAUAUAUGGUAUAUCAAGGUUGUGGACCCUCUAGAGGCCACAAUUUUGAUCCGAUUUUGAUGAAACUUGAAAUACAUGUUUAUAACCCAGAGAUCUAGGUUCCUUUCAAUAUUCGGAUUGUAACUUCUUGAAUUAUGGCCUUUGAUUGUACGAAAAAUCGUGUUUUUAGCUUGUGGUCCCUCUAGAGGUCACAAUUUUUAUUUGAUUUAAAAAAAACAUUUGAAUACAUCACCGUUACGCCUUUAUGAUUGCUAAGUUGAAUAUAUCACCUUUACACCGUAAUGAUGGCUGAGUUUGAAUUUCGUGAAAAUCUGACCAAAACUGCUGGACAAAAAGCCCCCCCCCCCCAUUCGCAAAUAAUAUAAAUGUAUGGUAUAUCAAGGUUGUGGACCCUCUAGAGGCCACAAUUUUGAUCCGAUUUUGAUGAAACUUGAAAUACAUGUUUAUAACCCAGAGAUCUAGGUUCCUUUCAAUAUUCGGAUUGUAACUUCUUGAAUUAUGGCCUUUGAUUGUACGAAAAAUCGUGUUUUUAGCUUGUGGUCCCUCUAGAGGUCACAAUUUUUAUUUGAUUUAAAAAAAACGUUUGAAUACAUCACCGUUACGCCUUUAUGAUUGCUGAGUUCAAAUUUUGGGAUAAUCUGACCAAAAAUGACAGAAUGGCCACCCCUCGUAUGCAAAUAUUGUAAAUAUAUGGUAUAUCAAGGUUGUGGACCCUCUAGAAGACACAAUUUUGAUUCGAUUUUGAUGAAACUUGAAAUAAUGUUUAUGUCACAAAUAUCUCAGUCCAUUUCGAUAUUCGCACAUUUCAGACUAUAACUUUCCGGAUUAUAGCCCCUGAUUGUACGAAAAAAUCGCUUUUUUUUUUAGCUUGUUCUCAAUCUAUCUCUUAGUUGCAAAAUAUAGGGAUAUCUUGCCUUGCAUAUCGGACUGUAACUUCCUGGAUUAUGGCCUCUGAUUGUACGAAAAAUCACUUCCUUUUUUAGUUUGUUCUCUGUCCAUCUCUUGCAAAAUGUGAGCAUAUCUUGCAUGGCAACCACUUAUUUAUUUUACUGGGAUCAAAGUAAAAUUAUAACUGAGAUAUAACUUUGGCAGGAAAACCAGCUUUUGACAAUCAUCCAUUUUUAAAUCGGUCUUUUUAAUGUACAAAGGAAAAUUGUUAAUAUUUGUUGCUAGUGUUUGGUUAUUGCCUAAUGAAAAUAUCCUGCAUGAGGAUCAUUGUCUUGUCUUCAGAACUUAACAUACAUGUAGCUAACAAUUUUAAUAAAUUUUCCUUUGAACAUAUAUUAUUGUGUCGUCUGUUGUAAAUGUAGUUACGUCUGCUUUACUUGGUGUUUUUAGCCGCUGUAAAAAACGGUAAAAUAUGUAGAUCUACUAAUGGCUGUAGUAAACAAUAUCAUAUUGGUUUCGCCAUCACUCUGCGAAUUAUUAAUAUUCUCAAAAACUGGAUUGUUAAAUUACCUGAGGAUUUUGAUUUAAAUCUGGUGCUGAAGUCUGCUGUUAUUGAUCUCCUAGAGGAAAUGGUUUGUAAUUCUAAUUUAUUACCAGCUGAACAUAAAGCAGCAGCCUCAAUAUUACGCACCAUUACUAAAGAUACCUCAGAUAGCAAGAAGGUGGACUUAGAGAAGCUCUUACUACAACCAACAAUACCUUCAAAAGAUACUUUUGAUACACUGUCAGCACUGGAUAUAGCAGAACAACUGACGUACUUAGAUCAUCAAAUAUUCAUGUCCAUUAGAAGCGAAGAAUUAUUAAGUCAAGCAUGGAUGAAAGGAGAUAAAUCAACAAGAGCACCCCAUGUUUUACUUGUUAGUAAAAGAUUUAAUGAAGUGAGCCGAUUAGUGGUAUCAGAAAUAGUUGGACGAUCUAGUCAACAUGAUCGUGUAUCUUGUAUAGAGAAAUGGGCUGCUAUAGCUGAUAUAUGUCGAUGCAUGCACAAUUAUAAUGGGGUCUUGCAGAUCUGUGCUGCCUUUGUUAAUAGUUCAGUUUAUAGGUUAAAGAAAACAUGGGAGAAAAUAUCAAAACAGGCCAAACAAAUGAUAGAAAGAUUACAAACAUUGGUGUCUUCUGAAGGAAGGUUUAAAAAUAUGCGGGAUGCUCUUCACAGAUGUGAUCCACCAUGUAUACCAUAUCUAGGAAUGUAUCUGACUGAUUUGUCUUUCAUAGAAGAAGGAACUCCUAAUUUUACAGAGGAGGGGCUUGUUAAUUUUUCAAAAAUGAGAAUGAUUGCUCAUGUUAUUCGAGAGAUUCGAUUGUUUCAACAAACUUCAUAUCGCAUCGAACAUCAUCCAAGGGUAACAAGUUAUUUAUUAGACCCAAGUCGUCUGCUUGACGAAGAGCAGACAUAUAAACAUUCACUUGAAAUUGAACCAAAGCAAUCCCGUCUUUCUGUAGUCUCUGCUCCAUCUUGAAAGUUUUUCUAAAUUUUAGUUGUAGAACCAUCUUGCCAUCAUAAAGUGUGCUAGAUUAAUUUGUACUGAUCAGUUAACAAGGGUAGUGCUAGAGAGAUUUCAGUUCUGGUUUUCAUACGUAGUCUGCUUCAAAAAAAAAGUUCAGACGACAAGAGAGGUGAUCGACCAACAUUUGUUGAUAAAAUAAUCAAUGGAAAAACCAACAUGACACAAUACUCCACAAAUUGUACAUCAUGUAUCACAGGAAACAAUGUACAUCUUAUGUUUCAACAGGAUUGAUUUCAUUUUGAUGUGUGUAUGGGUAUCAUAUUAUAGACAAAAUGAUGCGCACCAGAUGUCAAAACAGCUUUUAAAGUAGUGUGAAAAAAAGGAAAGCAUCAUCAAAGCCAACUAAUGAUAAAAAAAAGGGGGAUUACAAUGAAGAGGGAUACAAAGAUUUGCCGGUCAUUUUUUUUUUAUAUAUAGUUAAACUGAUUGUUGAUUGGGACUGUUUUACUGUUUUUUGUGUUGGGUAUAAAAUAUACAAAAAUAUUAGGUUUAGAAGAUACAUUGAUGUGAAUUUCAUCAAAAUUUAGAGGAGAAAGAAAGGUUUUCAAGAUAAAAAAUACUUUUGUGCCGUAGUGAUAUUACAUUUUAAUAUUUUAUUGAAUUCAUUGCCAUUAAUAAUAACUAUGAUAGGACCAAAGUCAGAUUUAUGAAUCAUUAUAUCAUAAAGUGGUCCAAAUUAAAAACAAACACAAAUAUGUGCAAUAUUAUUAUUAUUAUUAUUUUUUUUACUAGAAUGUUCCAAUAAAUCAAUAAUUAUUUGUUUGAUUAACAUUUUAUCAUCUAUUAUUAUUAUUAAUAAUAUCAGUUAAUGUAUUUGCCAUUGUUUACCUUUUAAACUUGAAAUCAUGUACAACCAUGCUUUACAAUAUAGCUAAUACCACCUACACCAUUUAAUGUUAUUUGGUUACUAUAGGUUUUAUAGUGUAUAUAGCAAGGCUCUUCUUGGUGUCUUUCAAAAUGGGCGUCUGCUCAUAUUUUUGGAAUUUUCAUUUUUGGAAAUUAUCGAUACUCUUUUGGAAAUUGAUUCCCAGGACCAUUCAGUUAUAUGAUAAAUACCAUUUCAUAAUCAGCCAGUUUCUGUUAGUAUUUUGUUCUCAGGAUGUGGCCUAUCUGUUGUGUCUAAUCACUGCCAUGUUAAAAACAUACUAGUCAAAUUUAUAUAAAACAUGCCACUGCACAAUUAAUAGUCAACAAAUUAUUUUUUUCUCUCAGUCUCCUGAAUUAAUCAAAAUAUCAAAAUUUAUUGAUAUUGGAUAAAUAUUUUAUGUUCUCAGUAAAAAUUAUAAAUUCUAAUCAAUUUAUCAUGUUGUUUUUAAGGUUGAAGAUGAAUUUAUCAAACUUUAAUUAUAUAAAAUACACAAUUAUUAAAAUAACCCAUCCUCCUUCACAUUUUGUCAAAUUCACCAUCAGAGAUUCCCCUUCCCCCACUCAUCCAACAACAUGUUUCCAAUAGGUUAGUGUAUUUUUUCCAAUUCUACAUUUAUGUAUAUUCCUAUUUCCUUGUUAUUAAUUAAAUGUAAUACGAAUUGAUUGGAGAAACCGGUUUUAUUCUUAAAAGUCGUGAUAUAUGUAUAGAUAUAGAGACUAGAUUUGAAAUAAAGACAUAUUAUUAUUGUAUAUGAAUUAUUAAAUAAAAUCAACAAAAGACAAAUCAUGAUAAGUAAGCUUAUAUUAUGAAUAUUUCUAUUAAAUUAUAUUAUUAUUAUUAUAAUUAUUAUUAUUACUAUCCUAUUAAAAUGUAAAUAAUUUGUAUAUAGAUAUUGUUUGGUAAUUCCAGACUAUUGUUAUCUUAAUUAUUUGUUGUUAUUAAUUAGAAUACUUUUUAUUAUAAAUAUAUAUAUAUAAAAAACAUGUACAUAUAUAUAUUUGUAUAUUAUACAAUACUUUAAUAGCUGAAAGGCAUACCAACUUGCUUCGAUUAUCAUUGGAUUAGGACAGAGUGUUUUUGUUUCUGUGAGUGUUCGGAUUUGUACAAUGUAGUUAAAUGUAUCGUCUUUUUUUUCAAUCUGUUGCAUCAUUUGCAUUGCUCAUCAAUAACAAUUAUCCUGAUUUAUAUAAAUAAAAAAAACGACAAAUAGUUUGAAAGAACUGAUCAAUUAUUUUAUUGUCAAUAAUAACAGCAGGCACUUUAUAGUGAAUAAUUUGUUUGGAAUUAAACUUCCAGCAUAUUUAUAUUGUUGUUUCUUGAAAACAAAUUAUUACUGUAAUUGAUCAUUUUAACCCAGAACAGGUAAAUUUGAUAUUUCUUUUGUACUAAUUUUAUGAAUUGGAGAUUCCUUAUAUUUUGCGAAAUCAAAAUUUUGGGUGUCAUUCAUAUGCAAUGCAUUUUAAAAUCAGUAUCGGUAGUACAUGUACAUACUUACUUUGAAAUUUUUAGAAAUAUUCAGCAGAAUUUCGCUGUAAAUUUGCAACAAUGUUUAAAUAAUAUCAACCAAGAAUUUCGACAACAAAAUAUAUAUGUGAAAGCAACACAGGAAGAUGUGGUUCAUAUACAUAUAGCUGUAUUAUUGCUACUAUCAGGCUAACUUACUCUAUCAUACAGUAUUGUAAUUUUACCCUCGACAGGCUUUAAUAUAUCUCUAUGAAUAUGGACCUGUGAAUUUAAUGCAAUGAAAUAUAUAUGCCAAUUCCACAAUUUAACUUUUUAUACUCCCAUGUUAAAUUUUAAAAAAAAUUGAUGUUUGGAAUUUUGUAAUAUUAGUACUCCUGUACAGGUACUGUUCAUUUUUAUGGUAUGUAUUUUUGCUUUAUGUUUUAUUAAAUUAAGUUAUUGUACUUUAAAAUUCUGAAAAAUUCUCAUUGAAUGUUCAUGAUACAUGUAAAAUUAUUUUAUUUAAUAUUUUGUAAUUGAUUUAUCUGUAUUUUUACAUUUAUUUAGAUUUUUUCAAUGCAUAUGUGCAUGAAUUUUUCUGAACCUAAAUGUGCGAAAAAAAACUAAUUUGACUAAGAAACAUGCAUAUGGCUUUUCUAAACAUGGAACAGUAACAAACACUCUUUGUCGGCUGACUCAUAAGGGACCAUUAAUUGAACUAUUUUAAUGAAUUGCCUAAUUGUCAAUUUUGAUAAUAAAUGUAUAAAUCAUCUAGUUGUAAUGAGUACAGGAUUUAAUAGUUAGAUUGAACAAUGUAUACUUAGAUUUCAGAUAUCAUAUCUAACUUCUAUUCCAAUUAUUAAUUGAAAUACAAUUUUCAAACCUGAUGAAUUACCAAAGAAUUAUUAAAGAGCAAAUACAAUGAAAAUAAAUUGAUUUUUUUAGUCUAUAUGCUAUAUUGAAAUAGUGAAAGUAUAUUAAAAAGAUAAUAAGAUUAAUACUUUUAAAAUACUUUUCUUGGAAUAUCUCCUCUUCGUUUCUCUUUUGCCAUCACAUCUUUUUUAAGUUAUACCAGUAGGAUGUCGGGAGUGAGAAUGAUUUACUUGUAUCAGAAAUAUUUCCAAUUUGAAUACUAUCUUGUAUAGACAGAAGCAAACUUUUACUAGCUUGUUUGAAACUCUAUAUAGAUAUAAGAAAAGACUGGUUCAAAUCAUUCAUGUACUGCUGCCGAUUUUAUCAAAGCAUGUGAUCAUCUGUGGCUCAACAAGACACACAUCAAAUGCCCAUUAUUGGAGAUAUAGCACAAAACAUAUAAAAAAAAUCUUUGAAGUUUCCAGAAUUAAUUUUAAUUUCCACAAAGAUUUGCUAGGUAGGUUUUUUUUUUGUUGAGAAUGUAUGUUAAGGUCAUACCAUCUUCAGAUCUAGAUAUUUCAUCCAAAUGAGAUAAAUACAGAAGUCAUACACAAAUUUAAAGGUCCCUGAAUACAAAAGUUAAUUGGUGCCUGCUUUUAAUUUUUUGACUCCUGUCUUAUUUAACCAGGGUCGAUAACAAAUGUCAAUAGGUAGGUUGAUCUCUUUCUACUAAAUGAAAUUCCAUUGCAUUUGCUCUUUAAUAACGUUUCAAAUUUAAUAUUAUUAUGUGUAUGAAAAUCAAAAACUUGUUUUUUUAUGGGGUUGUAUGAAUGAUCUGUGCAGACAAUUGUUAUGAUGAUUUUUUAGAUAGUGAAAAGGCCUAUCAAAAUUGGGUGCCAAACAAAUGUUUUAUCAGAUAUUGACUUUACAUUGAAAUCCUGUAAUUCCUUCAACUUACUGGGGUUGUGUAUUGAUUUUUCAAGGUGUCAUUGCUCCAUCAUCAAAGACAGUUCAAACUGGUGGGGAUUGUUCCAUAGUAAUGAAAAGGAAACAGUUAACAUCAUCACAUCAUUGUGUUGUUGGAAUGACCCCUAUAGCUGCUGAUAAGAUAUUCAUUUCUAGGCAAAUGAACUUUUAAUUCUGCUAUUUUCAUGUUUUACAUUUUUUAGUUAGUUAAGAAUUUAAAGAUACAUUAUGUAAGAUUUAGAUAAAGAGCUGACCAUUCUUGCUAUCUAAAAAAAUAGAUAAUGUAAAAUGAAAAUAUUGAAAAUUUCAUUCAAAUUACUUCAUUCUGAGCCACGUUAGCACUGUUUGUGUUUUGACAAGAUGUGUGCAUAGUGGUAUCCAGGGUACUGGUAUAUUCGAGACUUAGCCUUGUUUUCCCAUUUUUAAAUAAAAUUUUUAAAUGGGAACCGUUCUAAUCUAGUUAAAAUCUUGAGUAUACGAUGCCAUCGAGAGUUGAUUAUGGUCUUGUUUUGUUAAUAAAUGUCUUAUUAAUAGUUUAUAUAACAUUUUAGGCCUUAAGAAAUACCUGCAAUGUAUGUUUAAUGUGAGCAAAAAUAUAAUUCUUCAAUGUCACCCAAUGGCAGACACAUUAAAUUUGGAUAAUCAAAGCUGUUUAUUAUAAGUAAUCAGAAAACUAAUAACCUUUUUCUACAGCUUAGAAAAUAUUACUCUGUCUUUUUAGCAAAGAGUAGGAUACCACGACUCAAAUCAAUUUCAAAUUAAUUUCUGUAUCCAUUGAUUUAAUAUUAUGACCAUUAAUAUAGCAUUGGGCAAUGUUUCUCUGUUUUGAAAUAGUUUGAUAUUAAAUAGAGAAUGGACAAAUCUGUUUAGUAAACUGUAUUUUCCGUUAUAUAAAAUAAUUGAGCCAAAUAUUGAACUCAAAAUAUCAUUGUGACUUACUGUUUAUCUUGUUUUAAAUCAUUUCAACACUAUAUUAUUAUUUGUAUUUUAGAUACCUACAUGUAUAGGUAAUUAUCUUUUAUUAUCAAAUGUAGAUGACAUUCCAUUUCAUUCCAAUCUGCAACUGUUUUUUUUUUCUGUGAUUUUAGCAGGCUUUGACAUGUUUGUUCUGUUCUAAGUAAAAUGGUGCUGCCAUGAUCUUCAUGUUACAAAAAAUAAAUUGUGUAUAUGGUUAUAA